AUGUCUGCGACGAUCUCAGAGCCCACGUCCACCCUCCGCCAGGACCGCGUCCGCGCAGUCGCACUCAUGUACCCAAAGGAGGGCGUUUCCUUUGAGGAGUUCGACAAGUACUGGCUUGAAGAGCACAGCAAAGUAUUCACGUCUAUCGCCAUCGUGAAGAAGAAUCUUACGAAGUACGAGCAGUUUCACUUCAACCCGACAGUAAACCAGGCCUUGCAAACCCAGGGCUCUCCGGCACUGCCACACGCCGGGAUGGCCAUCUUCGAGGCCGAGUCGUACGAGAAGCUCAUGAAAGUCUUUAAGGACUCAGAGUAUGUGCGCGUCGUCAUGCCGGACGAAGAAAAGUUCUUCGAUCGCUCGAAGAGCACGGUCCUCACUGGUCCGUUCGCGACUAUCUUCGGACAAUGA